UUUUGUAAGGUGGAUAAAUUUUAUAAUGGUACACUGAUUUCAGUAUUUUUUAAACCACAGCAGCUUAUAAAUGGCAAUGUUAUCUUGUCAUAAUAAUAAGUUAUCUCAUAUUUUUCACAAACUUCAUUUGCGAAAUUGGUCAACAACAAUCUUAUCACUCUCUGAGCAAAAAUCAAGUAACAAGCAAAAAAUCAAAGAAAAUGUUGAAGUAGCAGUUAUUGGAGGAGGAGUAGUUGGUACAAGCAUUCUCUACCAUUUAGCAAAGCAAGGAGUUAAGGAUGUUGUCUUGCUAGAGAAAACUGAAUUAACAGCAGGAUCAACUUGGCACGCAGCAGGUUUGGUAACAGCUUAUCAUCCUACACCAAAUCUAAAGUAUCUUCAUUGGUACAGUGUAAAUCUGUAUGCUCAGCUUGAAAAAGAGACAGGACAGGCUGUUGGUUUUCAUAGACCUGGUAGUUUACGUCUUAUUACUACUAAAGGUAGAUUAGAAGAAGCUCAAUAUACCCUAUCACGUCAAAGAGUUCAUGAUGCUCAUAUGUGGCUCAUAAAUCCAGAUGAAGUUCAUAAAUCUGCUCCAUAUAUGAACAUGGAUGGAGUACUUGGAGGUUUAUUCACUCCAGGUGAUGGACACAUUGAUCCAUAUUCUCUAACUCAAGCAUUGGCAAUAGGUGCACGAAAAAACGGAGGAGAAAUAUACCUAAAUACUCCUGUUACUAACCUACGCCAGAAUACCAAUGGAUUUUGGAAUAUUGAAACACCUAAUGGUGUCAUUAAAGCCAAAAAAAUUGUUAAUGCUGCAGGUUUUUGGGGUCGUGAAAUAGGAAAGAUGGUAGGUAUUGAACAUCCAUUAAUACCAAUUCAUCACCAGUAUGUUGUUACAAAUACUAUUCCUGAAGUAGCUGAGCUGAAGUUUGAAAUUCCUGUUUUCAGAGAUUUAGAAAAUUCUUAUUACUUGAGACAAGAGAAAAAUGGUUUGCUUAUUGGUCCUUAUGAAAGUGCUAAAGUUAUGAAAGUUCAGUCAGAUUGGUGGGAUGGAGUCACACCUGGAUUUGGAAAAGAGUUAUUUAGCAGUGACUUAGAAAGAAUAAUGCCUCAUUUGCAAGCAUCAAUGGAACGGUUUCCUUGUAUUGCAACUGCUGAUAUUGUUAGUGUGGUUGCUGGUCCUAUAACAUACACACCAGAUAUACUUCCGAUGGUUGGACCAUUCCCUGAAAUUCAAAACUAUUGGUGUGCACUUGGAUUUGGUUAUGGAAUUGUUCACGCCGGAGGUGUUGGGAAGUUCUUAGCAGAUUGGAUCCAGUCUGAUGAACCUCCAAAAGAACUAAGCGAGUUAGAUCCUGGUCGCUAUGGAAAAUGGACAACUAAAGAAUAUGUACUUGAAAAAGCAAGAGAAAGUUACGGACUUAAUACAUUGCAAUACUAUCCUAAAGAAGAACGAACAGGAGGAAGACCUAUGCGUGUAUCUCCGCUGUAUGAAAUUCUCAAAGAAAAUGGUGCUCAGUACACUUUUUCUAGUGGUUGGGAAGUUCCAAAGUGGUAUGCCCAAAAAGGCGAUGAUACCUCUUAUAAACCAAGUUACUAUCGUACAAAUUGGUUUGAACCAGUACGACGUGAAGUUCAAAAUGUUUUAAAUAACGUUAGUAUUGCAGAUAUUUCAGCAUUUGCAAAGUUUCAUAUUACUGGGAAAGAUGCUUCAAAGUUUUUAAACUAUAUGGUUGCCAAUAAACUGCCUUCUAUUGGAAGAACAAAUGUAAGUCACAUGCUUUCAUCUACAGGAAAAGUUUAUGCUGAAGUCACUGUUUCUGCAUUAGCUCCUAACCAUUAUCUUGUAAUUACAGGUGGUGGCUCAGAAUAUCACGAUCUUAGAUGGCUCAUAGAUCAUGCACGAAAGUAUGAUGUUCAAAUAGAUAAUAAAACAGAUCAAGUUUCUGCUAUUUCAAUAAAUGGACCACGUUCACGUGUUCUUUUACAAAAACUAACCUCUACUGAUGUUUCUGAUAAAGCAUUUAGCUUCAUGCAAAACAAAGAACUUGAUAUUGGUGGAAUACCUGUAUUAGCUCUUAGAGUGUCUUACACUGGGGAACUGGGUUGGGAAUUUUACGUUGAAAACUCAAAAGCUCUGGAUUUAUACAUAAAGCUGCUUACAGCUGGUCAGGAAUUAAAUAUUGGCCAUGUUGGAGCAUACGCAAUAAAUUCUAUGCGAAUUGAAAAAGGUUUUAGGUUGUGGGGAUCAGAGAUGAACAUGGACGUUGGACCUUAUGAGGCUGGCUUAGAUUUUUUUAUUAAGUUAGAUAAGGGCGAUUUUCUUGGUCGUGAUGCAUUGAUUUCACAUAAAAGAACUAUCCAAAAAAAACGCUUAGUUUGUAUGAUUGUUCAAACAGAUAACAUUGAUCCAGAAGGAGACCAGGCUAUUUGGUUAGGCGACGAGGUAAUUGGAAACACUACAUCUGGCUGUUACGGUUACACUGUUGAAAAAAGUAUUGCUUACGGCUACUUACCAUACUAUAUAAGUGAACCGGGAAAUGAAGUCUAUAUUGAAAUGUUAGGAAAAAAGUAUCCUGCUACUGUAGUAACUGAACCUCUUGUUCAAAUGGAAGCUGCUCGCGCGCGGAAGGCAAAAGUCUCGAUUGCUGACACUGCAAUGGUGUUUAUAUAAUGUUUUCUGUUUUUCGAUUAUAGUUAGCUUUUAGAAUUUUUUAGUGAGGAUAACUUUUUUACAAGCGUUUUUUUUAAUUAGAGUUUUUAUAUAAUGUAUUAGUUUUUGUAUGUUAGUUGUUGUUGUUGUUUUUGUUGUUUUUUUGAAUAAUAAACUAAGCUAACGGGCUCGUACUCAA